AUGGCUUCGUUUGGACAAGCGGUGCCGGCGACUGCCCCGAGGCCGGGUCCGUAUGGAGCAGCGUACGGGGCCCCCGUGGCGGUCAGCGCCCCUGCCGCCCCAGCAGGCACCUUUGCGCCCGGCACCAAGAUCCAAUGCGGCUCCCACCGAGUUGUCAUCCAGAAGUACCUUUCGGAAGGCGGUUUCGCACAUGUCUAUCUGGUCAAGCUGCCGGCGGCGGUCAAUGGCACCGACCUGGCCGUGCUCAAGAGGGUCGCCGUGCCGGACAAGGAGGCCCUCCGCGGCAUGCGCACCGAGGUCGAGACCAUGAAGCGCCUCAAGGGUCACAAGGCCAUCGUCACCUAUAUCGAUUCGCACGCCUCCGAGAUGCGUGGCACUGGCGGCUACGAGGUCUUCCUCCUGAUGGAAUACUGCAAUGGCGGCGGUCUUAUCGACUUUAUGAACACCCGGCUGCAGCACCGUCUGACCGAGCCCGAAAUCCUCAAUAUCUUCUCUGAUGUUGCCGAAGGUGUUGCUUGCAUGCAUUACCUCAAGCCGCCACUCCUCCACCGCGACUUAAAGGUCGAGAACGUGCUCAUCAACAUGAUUGGCAGUGUCAGAAAGUUCAAGCUGUGCGACUUUGGUUCGGCCGCCCCGCCUCGCCCAGCCCCGACCACCGUUACCGAGUGCCGUCUGGUGGACGAAGACAUCCAGAAGCAUACGACGAUGCAGUACAGGAGUCCCGAGAUGGUUGAUGUGUACCGCAAACAACCCAUCGACGAGAAGUCAGAUAUCUGGGCGCUGGGCGUCCUACUAUACAAGCUGUGCUAUUACACUACACCGUUCGAAGAGGGAGGAACCUUGGCGAUCCUUAAUGCCAGCUACAAGUUCCAUAGCUACCCUGUCUUCUCUGACAGAUUGAAGAAGCUCAUCGCCUGGAUGCUGCAGGAGAACCAACAAGCCCGACCAAAUAUCUAUCAGGUGCUCCGAGAAGCUUGCGCUAUGCAAGGCAAGGAACCUCCUGUCAAAGACAUCUACACGGGGACACAUGCAGACAUCAGGAAGCGCGAAAACUCACAGAGCCAGGCCAAGUCUCCCCCAGUCGUUGGCGCUGUAUUUGCAGCCCCGGUAGUCCAACAGCAGGUUAUUCCUGAAGUCGAGCGGAUGCGACGAGGAAGACUCCCGGCUCCGUCUCAGUCGGUAUCCCAACCGACGACGCCCAGUCCUGGGCCCGGGAAGAUCACAAAUGGUGACCCGUUUGCUGCACUGGAUACGAAGCUCCCACUCAAGAACGCCGACGAGCUAUCGAAUAAGUUUCCGACGCUUGACCAGUUCUCCCUUCUACAUGACCGGGGGACCAAGUUUGACUUUGACAGUGGUGUCGCUCAACCUCCACAGCAGCAGAAGGACAUUUCGCAAAGGGUAGCUGAAAGACUAGCGGACGAGGUAUUCAAGGUGAAGCCUUCACCUUCCCCGACACCCGUGCCAGUGAGCCAGCGAGUCUCGCUUGACCUGAACAAGGGAAAUCCGUAUGCGGCUGCUAUGGAAUCUCAGCGCAUAUCGCCAUCGGUCAACCCAGUUUCCACGCUCCCGAGGCAAGGCGAGCCAAGCCGAGCUUCAGCCAUAAUCUCCAGCAUACCCGAACUCAAAACGAUCUCCUCGCCGAAUUCACAAAGUCCGUUCCAGUCUCCCCCACCAGCUAGGCCUAAGAUGGUUUCAACCGGGACCAUGACCGAAUCGCCUCCUCCGGUAUAUCGUUUCCCCCCUGCAGAGCAUCACCGGGCGGCUAGUGUCCCCCGGCAGCACGAGACUGGGCCUACAUCAUUUACACGCGCUGCUACGACGGUGUUAUUAUCCCCUGGAACGGCCGGGUCACCAAACGCUCCGUUGCAAGGGCAUCAUCCCAGGUCCUCAAGACCGUCACUUGAAGGUGGCCGCCCAAGCUUCGAUGCCUUUGACCUACCCACUAGAUCUAAACAGCAGGAGAGCAAUUCCCAGUCACGACCUGCCAGUAUCUAUCUUGAAUCAGACCUUAACUACUUGCGUGAAAAAGAGGCGGCUGCUAAACCACUUCACUCGCCGAGCCUUUCCGCUUCCAGAUUCUCGUUCGACAAGGCUCCUCCUUCACCGAAGCUGGAAGAGGAGCGCAACAUCCGGUCCAGUGUCGAGUUCCUGCGAUCAAUGGAGGAUGCCGAUACUAAGAAGAAAGACAAGGGUGCCAAGCAUCAUUCCAAGCGCUCAAGCUUGAGUUCACUUAGUGCUGGUACCAAGAACCUUUUCGCUGGAAAGUUUGGAGAUGCAUUCAAGAGGUUUGAAGGUGGUGCGGGUAACAGCGGACCUCCGAGGACCCCAUCUCCUCUGAAGGAUAUUGAUGCAGAACUUGACCGGUUCAAUAAGUUGACACCAAUCGCGGGAUCCGAGGCAACUGAUGACAGGAGCGAUGAUGGUCGUCAUUUUGGAGACGAUAACGCGGACGAGAUGACUCCUGAAAUGCGUCGGGAGGAGGAGGCACGCAUGUUGGCGGCCGAAGAGGCUCGUGUCGCUGCUGCGCAGGCCGAAUACCGUGCGCGCGUUGCGCAGCGGACCGGUACGGGUUCGGGAACGGCCCCGAUGCCGCUGCCCAAGAGCAUUGGUGGCGUCCCUCGUGCUGUGUCCAUACAGAACAAGGUCCAGCACCUCCUGGAUGAAAGCAGUCGCUCAGCGCCAGUAUCAAGGACAGCUCACGGAUACGGCCAUUAUACCGAUGCCGACGCUGGUGGGCCUCGUGACUCAACUGACAGUCUUGGAGAUUCGAGGCCAUCGGUUGCAAAGAAGCCCAUCGCCAUCACCGGACAGCCCGUGACAGGCUCUCUACCGCGACCCCCGACGUCGUCCGGCAUGUCCAGUUCCGUAACAGGAACGAAACCUGCCGCACCUGCGAAACCAGCCCGACUUACCGCAAACCUAACAGCCGGCGGUGGAGCUAGCUCGCCACCUAGACAGUCCUACAGCGCCAGCACGAUAAGCCUACACAAACAGCUUAGGCCGGGGACCUCUUCGAGCUCUUUAAUAGACAGGGAUAGAAGCGACAGUAUCGGAGCGAGAACAGGAGGAGCAGCAGCAGACUGCAGCAGAGUAAGCAAAGAAGCGCUGGUCGCCGUGGAGGAUCUGCCCGGGCAGAAAUCCCCCAUGCUACUGCAGAUGUCGGCGGCCGAGAAGGAUGAUUAUAUCAAGGACUUUCAGAAGCGGUUUCCCAGCCUUACGAGUAUAGAGAUGGUUGAAACGGACGUGGGCGCCGGGUCUGGGACCACGGGUGGUGGUGCUGGUGGUGAGUGGAAUGAUGCCCACUGA